CAGCCUAGUUACUUGCAGAAGAUGACUGUUCUCAACUUGUUAGAUAAAAUGUCACAAGAUCCGCAGUUGAUUGUUGAUAUCUUUGUGAACUACGACUGCGAUGUGGAUUCUGCCAACAUACUUGAAAGAUACUUGCAGGAUUGUCAACGGUCUUCUCAAAACUGCUCUAGGACCACCGACUGGAUCAUCAACAACGUUGUCCCCAGCGCAAGAUAGUACUUUCAGGAAUGAUUCUGUCAAGUGUUUGGUUAACAUAGCAAAGGCAAUGGGGAAUUGGAUGGACCAGCAGUUGAAAGUGAAUGAGACUGUUUGGCCUAAAGGCUCACAAGUUUAUGCUUCUAUGGACAGUAAUGCAGGUCAAAUUGGUGAAUUAGAAGGAACUAUAUCUGACUGUGACUCACAGCCAGAUACUACUAAUCCAGAAGCUUAUGAUGCUUCUAUGCUUCAGCAACGAAGGGCUUACAAAAUUGAACUGCAGAAAGGUAUCUCUUUGUUCAAUAGGAAACCAUCGAAAGGUAUCGAAUUUCUGAUAAGCAGCAAGAAAAUAGGCAGUUCACCUGAGGAAGUAGCUUCCUUUCUGAUGAAGACAGCAGGGUUAAAUGGAACUGUGAUUGGUGAUUACCUUGGUGAAAGAGAUGAACUUCCUCUCAAAGUAAUGCAUGCAUAUGUGGACUCGUGUAAUUUCGAAAAGAAGGAUUUUGUUGAAGCAAUAAGGUUCUUUCUACGCGGCUUUAGGCUACCGGGAGAAGCUCAAAAGAUUGACCGAAUCAUGGAGAAGUUUGCAGAACACUACUGGAAAUGCAACCCUGGUUCUUUUACUAGUGCAGACACUGCUUACGUUCUUGCUUACUCUGUGAUUAUGCUAAACACAGAUGCACAUAACAACAUGGUUAAGGAUAAGAUGACGAAAGCCGAUUUCAUCCGCAACAAUCGGGGAAUAGAUGAUGGGAAAGACUUACCUGAAGAGUACUUAGGCUCUCUAUAUGAUCGAGUUGUGAAAGAAGAAAUCAAGAUGAACUCUGAUACUUUAGCCCCACAAAACAAACAAGUGAAUGGCUUGAAUAAACUGUUAGGCUUAGACGGCAUCCUCAAUCUGGUUUCUUGGAUGCAACCAGAUGAGAAACCUCAUGGUGCCAAUGGACGUCUUAUAAGGGAUAUUCAGGAACAGUUCCAAGCUAAGCCAGAGAAAUCAGAGUAA